GGAUCAUGUAGUCACAAUUUAAUGGCGGACAGUAGAGAUGGGAGGCAGGUGUCUAUUUAGCCUCACCGCGCUGCUCCUCUGCCCCUUCCACAUCUUGGCAGAAUACUGUGAGUACCCGCUGGUGGAGGAGUCUAUGCUGACGGCUUCCUCGGAACUCGUCACUCGUGAGGCUGACAAGGCGAGACUGUACGAGACCACAGCAUGGACCGCCCGGAAUGCAGACUACCUCCAGUAUAUUGAGUCGGACCUGGGGGACAUCAAGAACGUGACAGCCAUUGCCACUCAAGGCCGUGACGACUCACAGGAAUAUGUGACGGCUUACACCCUAGAAUAUAGUCGUGAUGGAAUACAUUACUCCAUUAUUAAGGGCCCCAAGGGAAAUAUUAUGGCCUUCCCAGGUAACGAGGAUGGCAAUACUGUGGCCGUCAACCUGUUUGAGACGCCCAUUAUUGGCAGGUACAUCCGCGUCAAACCCACACGAUGGAGGGACCGAAUAUCCAUGCGUGUGGAGCUGUAUGGAUGCGAGUAUUUACCAGAGACAGUGAGCUUCAAUGGCAACGCGAUGGUGGUGAUGGAUCUGAGAAAGUUCCCAGUUAACUCCCUCCGCGACCACAUCCGUUUCCGAUUUCGCACCAAGGAGCCGAAUGCAAUGGUGAUGUAUGGGAGGGGCACUCAGGGGGACUACUUGGCCCUCCAGCUGGUGCAGAACAGAAUGGUGCUCAAUGUCAAUCUUGGGUCACGUUUCCUCACCUCCCUCUCUGUCGGCUCCUUACUGGACGAUAAUUCCUGGCAUGACGUGGAGAUCCGGCGGGAGCAGCGGAACAUUACCUUCCUGGUGGAUCGUGUCCGGGUGGAUGAAAUCAUUCUAGGUGACUUCAAGAGGCUUAAUCUCAACAAAGAGCUGUACAUCGGGGGCGUGCCGAACCUGCAGCUGGGGAUGAAGGCGCGGGUGAACUUUACGGGGUGCAUGGAGAACCUCUUCAUCAACGGCACGGCCAUCGUUCCCGAGAUGAGGGAGUCUGACGACUACUACUCCUACUACAACAGCCGCCCCAAAUACUCCCUCAUCAACAUCGGCAGCGUCUGUGAGUUUGGCAUCUCGGCGGACCAGACCAUGACUUUCACCACCAGGAAGAGCCACCUCAAGUACCCGGCGUUUGAGGACCAGCGGAAGAUCAACGUGUCCUUAGAAUUCAGAACUUACGAGGAAAAGGGCCUUCUUAUUCACCACAAGUUUACCACACAUGGAUACUUCAUGUUGUUCCUGGACGAGGGGAAGGUGAAGGUGGAGGUGAACGCACGAGGGACUCCCGGCCUGGUGGUGCUGGACAACUUUGAGACACGUUACAAUGAUGGACAGUGGCACAAGGUCAUGUUUGUGGUGAUGGAGAACCGCAUGGAGCUCACCGUUGACGAGGUGCCCAUGCAGACCGUCCGGAUCAUCUCGGUCAUCUCCGGCAAACACUUCCUCAUCGCCGGUGGUGUGAAGGGGUCGCUGGGCUUUCUGGGGUGCCUCAGGAAGAUAUCCGUGGUCGGGUACAUGCAGAAACCCAAGGAUGAGGAAAUCAUGUAUCCAGAGGGCAUCGUUCGAGCCGCCUGUCAGAUAAUGGACCGGUGUAACCCCAACCCUUGUGAACACCGCGGCAGAUGUAAACAAACCUCACUGGAGUUCAUUUGUGACUGUACUGGCACCGGUUACUCUGGCGCUGUGUGUCAUACCCCGCUGAACCCGAUAUCCUGCGCAGCGUACGGAUUACAGAACCCUGGAGUGAAGAGGGCCGAGAUAUAUGUGGAUGUGGAUGGUUCUGGGCCCCUCGUUCCCUUCCCUGUCAGCUGCGAGUUUUAUAACGAUGGACAGGUGCACUCCUACCUGAGCCACAAGCACGAGAAAUUGACAACAGUGGACGGGUUUGAGAAGCGAGGGUCGUACGUGCAGAACAUCAUCUAUGACGCUGGGAUGGAACAAAUUGAGAUCUUCGUCAACCGUUCCGCGCGUUGCCGUCAGCGGAUCCACUUUGAGUGUCUGAAGGCCAAGCUGUUCAACUCCCCGUCACAGGAAGAUGAGGACUUUUUGCCCUACACAUGGUGGGUGUCACGUACCAACCAGCCCAUGGACUACUGGGGUGGGUCACUGCCAGGCUCCAGGAAGUGUGAGUGUGGGCUGACGGGGACCUGCGUUACGGACAAGUGGUGUAACUGUGAUGCCGGCCUGGAGUCUUGGAUCUCGGACAGUGGGGAGCUGAGUGUCAAGGAGCACCUGCCUGUCCGCCAGUUGAGGAUUGGCGACACUGGUACCCCACUCGACGGCAAGAAGGUUCGGUACACUCUCGGCCCGCUGAUCUGCGAGGGCGAUCAUGUGUACGACAACACGGUGACGUUCCGCCGGGCCGACGCCACCAUCAACCUGCCUCGCUUUGACAUGGGCCACUCCGGGGACAUCUUCUUUGAGUUCAAGACCACCACCAGGGACGGCUGCCUCAUCCAUGCCAAGGGACCCUCCGACUACAUCAAGAUAUCCAUUGUUGGCGGCAUUGAGCUACAGUUCCAGUACGAGGCAGGGUCAGGUCCGAUGAGUGUCAGCGUGGAGACGAGUAACGUGCUAAAUGAUGACACGUGGCACUCUGUCCUGGUAGAGCGCAACCGUAAGGAGGCGCGGAUGAUAGUGGAUGGCGGGCAGAAGGGUCUGGUGGCUGAACCGUAUGGGCCAGUCCGCGCCAUCCACCUGGAGUCUGAUUUUGUUGUCGGUGCCACCCUAGACUACCGAGAUGGCUUCGUGGGGUGCAUCCGAGCCCUGAUUCUGAAUGGGGAGCUGCAGGACCUGAGGGGCCGGGCGGAGAAGGGGAUGUAUGGGGUGCAGCCGGGGUGUAUUGGGAAGUGCAGCUCCAACCCUUGUCUCAAUAACGGCACCUGUCAUGAGGGAUACUCCACCUUCGAGUGUGACUGCAGAUGGACGGCUUUCAAGGGCCCUAUUUGUGCUGAUGAGAUCGGAAUUAAGAUGCUGACGGACACAAUGGUUCGCUACGAGAUUCCUGGCACUUACAAGACCACCAUUGCCGAGAGGAUUCGUGUCGGCUUCACCACCACCAACCCACGUGGCUUCCUCAUUGGGCUUCACUCCAAUCUCACCGGGGAAUACCUCACCUUGGCUAUCUCUAAUUCAGGCCACUUAAAGGUGACAUUUGACUUUGGGUUUGAGCGUCACGAGAAAGUUUAUGGCAAGCGGACCUUCCAUGAGGGACAGAAUCAUGACGUCAAGCUGUACCGGUCCGAUUCUGGGCGGCGACUCACUAUGCAGGUGGACAAUUACGAACCAGUAUCGUGGACCUUUGACGUAAAGGGCUCGGCGGACGCACAGUUCAACAACAUUCAGUACGUCUAUAUAGGCAAGAAUGAGUCCAUGGCCGAGGGUUUUGUGGGAUGCAUUUCGAGGGUGGAGUUUGACGACAUCUACCCACUCAAACUGUAUUUCCAGCAAGACCGCCCACUCAAUGUCCUAGCGGAGUCAACAUCCUCCGUCUUCGAGGACUACUGCGGGAUUGAGCCCAUUCGGUACCCUGAGGAAGAGGCCGAGACACGGCGCCCACCGGUCGUGUCGGAGGAGGUGCUCAUGGGCCUGUACUCGGACAAUUCUGCGGUCCUUGGGGGAGUUCUUGGUAUCAUUUUCCUCGCAUUGCUGUGCAUGGGGUUCCUGAUCGGCCGCUACAUGGCGCGGCACAAGGGCGACUACCGCACCCAGGAGGCGGACGGCGCUGACAUGGCCCCCGACGCAGACUGGGCCGUCCAGCACGCCACCACCGGCCCUCAGGUCAAGAAGAACACUGAAAUGUACAUAUAAGGAGUCAACACCACUGCCACCACCACCACCACCACCAUUACUACUACUACUACAGGGUGUACUGUCAUCACCACUAUAGCUACUACUAAUUUUUCUACUACUACUAACACCCAUAACUAACUACUGCUACUGCUGCUAUAGUGUGUUAAGAAUAGAGACUACUACUACUAGUCCUACUCCUACAGUCAAAAUAUCUCUAGGAUGUACAUAUAGCGAGAAACGAUUCUCACUACUAUUACUACUGCAAGAAAA